CGUCGAACGUCCCUGUUCGUGACCUGAGGAAGGCGGGUUUUCGAUUUCUUUCGGCGUGAGUCAUGGGCUUUCAAAAUUUCAGAGGGAGAGGGGGUGGUUCACGUGGUUCUCACGGUGGUUUUCGAAGAGGCUCUAGAGGAGGAAGUUUUUCUGAUAAGUUUCAAAGUGGUCCGCCUGAAGAGGUGGUCGAAGUUGGGGUAUUCGCUCAUCCGUGUCAAGAAGAUAUUGUCUGUAAAAUCACAUCUGAAAAAAUACCUUACUCAAAUGCUUCUGUUUAUUUGGCGAACAAAGAGGAAAUAGGCAAAGUUGAUGAAGUUUUUGGUCCAAUUAAAGAUGCAUACUUCUCAAUCAAACUUUCAGAUACACUUAAAAGCAAAUCUUUUCAAGAAGGUGUUAAGUUCUUUAUGGAUCCUGCUAAGUUUCUCACACUUGAUCGCGUGAUGAACCCAAAUUGUAGUAGAGGGCAAAGGGGUGGUCGUGGUCGUGGUGAUCAAAGAGGUGGUCGGGGCGGACAUGAUUUUUCACGUGUUCGAGGAAGGGGGGACUCUCGAGGUGCUCGUGGCGAUUUCCGAGGGGGACGUGGUGGCUCCCGUGGACGGUGGAGUGAUGGAGGUGGUCACAGCAAUCGAGGCGGGUUUCGUGGUGGGAGAGAAAUGAAUGGUCAGCGUGGUGGUGAACGUCACUCGUUCGGAGGAAAACGGGGUGCAAAUUUUUCUGCGUCUAAUACUCCACAAAGUAAAAAAUUCAAAUCAGAAGACUAACUCACUGUUUUUGUACGAUAAAACUUUUACCUGCACUGCUUUUCUUCUAUAUCAAAUCUCGUUCUUUUGCUACAGGUCAUUUAUUUAAGAUUACCCUUUCCUCCUGCUGCGCUACAAUGUCUCUAUCUUUGAACUGGUAGGGAUUUCUAUGUGCAUGGUUUUCAAGAAGCAUUUCUUAAACACCCAACUUAACUUUUGUUAAGGUAUCUUUAAUAAAAACUAGUCAUCCUACAAUAAGUAUAUAUUUAUAGAUUAUCAAAAUUGGUUGUUGCAGAUAAAGUUUACCUGUAUAAUAAUUCUGUUCAAAGGCUCUGAAACGAUGAGAAGGGUCCGAUUUCUAGCCUAUUUUUAAAGUAUCUCAACAAGCUGUUUCUUUUUAUAAAAAAGCAGGUCAACGGAACUUCAUAGACAGGUUGAUGUAUCAGGCAGACUUGUUUCUCUUCCAAUUAAGUCACUUAUUAAUGUCAAGAAAAUAAUUGUUUGUUAGUCUGAGGAUCCUUGUGCGUUGUCCUAGUGGUUAAAGCGUCCAAGGUACGAUUAUUAAGUCUCAGCUUUCAGUCCCACUCCACCUUCGGUUUAGCUUCCUAAUGCUAUCACACUGAAUUGUGGCUCUAAGCCAGCAAACUAAAACGUUAUUUGGUUAGUAAGUAACGAUUUAUCAGCUCGUGAUAACUUCCGAGAUGUUCGGUCGUUGGUCAUCUCUUUAUCUUAAUUUUCUUAGUAAUCAUGUUCUUGGUUUAAAAACCUCUCCAGACAGUCACCUCUAUUUAAUGCAUACAAAUUCGUUGUUCAUUUCCAUGACCUCUAAUUUCAAGCUUACCGAUUAGUCUAGUAUUCCAGUUUUCAGUGUUUAAUAAAUCGGAGAUCAGCAAUUCCGUUUGUUGAUAACGCAG